CAAGGUCACACUUGCUUAAUUUGUUUCGGAGAUGAGGUGUGUUAUGUCCAUCAAAGAGCUACGCAAUCAAUUUACAGAACAGUUGAAAUGUCUAGAUCUUAAAUUAGAUAUUGAUUCUACUGUAGUCGCUGAACUUCAGGAUUUUUAUCGUCGACGAGCUAGUGUAGAACAAGAUUAUUCCGAUGCCUUAGCUAAACUUGCCAAUGGGUUAAAACAACGUCAUGUGAAUGAAACAACAAAACGCCCUCAUUGGGCGCCUUAUACAGCAACCACCAUAUGGAAUACAUUACUUGGUUCAACAUUACAUUUAGCUGAAGCUCAUGCAACUUUAUCUGAUAUUUUUUCGAAACAAAUGGUUCAACGUUUAGCUGAUAUGGAUGAAGAUGCUGUCCGUUUGCACAAACAGUGUCGUGAAAUGAUGUCCUCAUGUCAAGAUCGUGUUUUAGCCAAUACUACUAAACUCCAGGCCGAUCAACGUGAAUAUGCACAUAGACAAGCCGCAGCAUUGGAGGCUGAUCGAAUCCGUCGUCGUGCUGAAGAUAAACUGUUAGCUGCUAAUCAAAAAGCCCGUAGUAAAGGCAAAGAUCCUGAUAAUAGUCAACGGUCUAUGCGAGCUCAAAAUGAAUUCGACUUGAAACAAGCGAAUUAUAUCAAUGCGAAUUUAUCAACAACUCGUGCACGAAAUGAAUAUUUAAUACAGUUGGCUGCCACCAAUCACAGUGUUCAACGUUAUUUCACUCAAGAGGCGCCGGAUAUAGUUGAGUGUUUAUUUUGUGGUUUUCAUAAUAGUCUGGCGCGUUCAGCAAUGAUGCAUUUAAGUUGUGAAGAAACAUUGAAAUCAUGUCAUGGUUCAAUUGUUGAAAUGUUAAAUAGAAAUAUUACAGCACUUGAUUUACGACAAGAUAAAGCAUGCUUUUUCAAACGUAACGAACAAGUGUAUACACGUCCGGGUUAUUUUAAAUUUAUGCCAUCCAAAGAAGAUAUUGAAGAUCAUAUUCGUCCAGAUGGUCCAUUGUAUGAUGAACUUCAAACAACAGCUAGUCAACUUACGGCUAGUAUCGAAGCACUCCGUGUAUCGACAGAUGAAACUUGGAAGACACUAGAAGAGGUUGAAAAGAAGUUAUUAGAAUUAAUUAAUCAGAAAGACUAUGAUGUCUCACGGUUGUUUUGCAUUGAAAAGCCUCGUUCAAGACGUUCACUUGUUGGUGUUGGUGGUGGUGCUUCGGCUGGUGUAUCGAAUAACUUAACAACUUCUAACCCUUUAGGAAGUAGUAUGGGUAGUAUUGGAACUGGUUCUAUUACUUCAUCUUCGUCUUCUUCUCCUGGUACAAUCUGUGCUGCAAAUGUACAUUCUAAUCAACAGAUAUUAUCUACAAGUGGCCGGAGUACAAGCCCUGGUUUGUUGCCUAGUUCAACAGCUAUCGUGAAUCAAGACAGUAGUUUACAGGAUACUUCUAAUUUAUCAACUGUUUCACAGACUAAUCAUUCAGGUUCAACUACGUUUGGUGGGAACGAUCCAACUCAAGCUGGUUUAUAUCUUCGUCUCAGGUCAUUGUUUCGUGAUUCUAGAAUUGAACAAGAGAAGUUUUAUUUAGAUAGAUUUGCACACUAUACCCAAGAAAUGCAUAUUUGUCAAUUAAUGCAAGUGAAACUUGCACAAAUUCAAAAUGCACUAGCUUCUUCACAACCAAACUCACAUGAAUCAAUACCUCAAACAUCGCCAUCUUCUCAAAACCUGAAAUCUAUGCUUCGACAUGGUAUACCUGUUUUACCAAAACUACCUGGAUAUAAUAAAGACUUUACAAAAAAUCUCAAAUCUCCAAUUUCAUCAACUUCUAGUCAUUCGAAAAUCGAUAGUGGUUUCUCAUCAUCACCACCUCCACCUCCACCACCUGCUCCUAAUUUUACUUCACAAAGUUUUCAUCAAGAUUCUUUUAAUUCACCUAUUCUUGCAUCAUCAUCUCAUUGUGAUGUAACAUCAACACCUGUAUCAAGUCCUUCAUUUUCCAGCCAUUCUGGAAGUCAAUCUACUCUAGUCAGUAAGCAUCAAGCCCGUCGUGUCCUUCGUGUACCGAAUGUUGGCAAACCUAAACUGUUUGGUGGUACCAUAGAUGAAUAUGUAGAAGCUACUAAGCAACCGAUCCCUCGUAUUGUAUUAUCUUGCAUUCGUGUUAUUAAUGAAUAUGGAAUGCAUCAACAAGGUGUAUUUCGUGUUUCUGGUAGUCAGGCAGAAAUUAAUGACUUUAAAGAUGCUUUUGAAAAUGGGGAUGACCCUCUGAUUGGUAUUCAUGAGGCAAGAGAUAUAAAUUCAACUGCUAGUCUGUUAAAAUUAUAUUUUCGUGAACUAGGCGAGCCUCCAUUUCCAGAUACCAUUUUCUUAGAACUUAUAGACAUAACACGUAAACAUCGGGAAAUCAGUGAAAUGAUUCGACGCUUACGUCAUGUGAUCACAGAAAAUUUGAGUAGACCAGUUUUUGUUGUAAUGAGAUAUUUAUUCGCAUUUUUGAAUCAUGUAUCUGAAUAUUCUAAUGAGAAUAUGAUGGAUGCAUACAAUUUGGCUAUUUGUUUUGGUCCAACAUUAAUCCCUAUUCCAAGUGAAUAUAAUCAAUUACAUUGUCAAUCAAGUGUUAUUGAUUUAAUCAAACUACUCAUUGUACAUCAUUUAGUAAUCUUUGAUCAUAUGCUUCCUGGACCUGUGUAUAACAAGAAUAAGUAUAAUAUUAGCAAUAAUAAAACUACAAGUCAUAAAUCUGUGACCAGUUUAGACUCACAUCGUUUAUCACUUUCGUCAAAUAAUGCUAUCGAAAUAAAUACUGAUAAACAACAUAUUAAGGAUGAUAGUAGUAAUUCAUUCAAACAAAACUUGCAUAAUACAUGUCCAUUUUCAAUGGAAUUAAAUGUUAAACACCAAUCAACUACACAUUUGGAUCAUGUACAGAGUAAUGAUAAUAAUAAUAAUGAAAUUUCACCCGCGGAAUGUGGUAAAGCAUCAAGUGUUGGCAAUCUAAUUGACAAUGAGAUAUUAUCUUCGUCUAAGCAAAAUGAAACUGUUAGAGAUGAUGACUACGUGUUUUCUGAAGAUGUCCAAUCCAUAUCUGAUAGUGAAGAUUCCGAACCAGCGUACACUUUAGCUGUCGCUCGAGCAGAUUUUACUGGAUCAAGUGAACGGGAAUUAUCAUUUCAUCAAAGUGAUGAGAUUUUUCUCUAUCGUCAAUUAAGUCAACAUUGGUGGGAAGGACAAUUAGCUUCGGAUUCGAGUUGUAAACGUGGCUUAGUACCACAUUUAUAUGUUGUACCGAAAGCUGCUCUAUUACACCUUGCAGCAUGUGAAGAGGAUAAUCACAGCAAUGAAAAUCAUCUGUUAAAUGAGGUGACUAUUGAUCUUCCUAAAAAGAGUGGAUAUACAGCAAUUGAUGGAAGUUUAAGUAAUUUAGAUCAUGUCGAUGCUGUUAAUAAUGAUGAUGAUAAUAAAAGUGUAACAGAAAAUGGUAGUGUACUCAGUUGGAAUUGUCCUUCUGAAAGUUCAAACGAAAAUAUUCUUUCUGAUACUAAUGAUAGUAAAGUGCAUCGUUUAUCACAGUCUGAAACUCCAAUUUCAAUAGUUGACAAAUCAAAUCAAUCGGAAACAAUAACCUUGUCUGAAACUAUUCACGAUAGUUCUAUUCUCAAAGGGAAUUCUUCAAUGAUUGAGAUUUCUGAUAAAGGUGUAAAAUCGACUAUUUGUAGGGGAAGUCCAAAUGGUACAUCAGAAUCUCCCGAAUCUAAAGAUAAAAAGUCUUUACCAGAAUUCGGUUAUUCAGAUAAACUUGUGAUGCAUCGGUUUAAUCAUCGUUAUACUAUUGGUUAUCCAGCCUUUGGGCCUUUAGGUUCUGUUCCUGAAAAUGAAGUUAUAUCACCCAGUGAAUUAACUCCAUCAUCUCCUGCGUAUAGUUUAAAUGAAGCGAAUAAUCGUUGCCAAUCUGUAGGCGAAGGCAGCUCUCGAUUUUUGUUUAAUUCCGACGUUGAUACAGCUUUAGAAGAGGUAAGUUUUCAUCUAAAAGAACUGAUCAUAAUACUUUUGCCAGUUUAUAGUUUAUUCAGAAUAAAUGUCUGAUUAUAUAUAUUGCCUUUUCUCGGCAAAAUGUUUUGUUAAUCCCUCUCAUUGAUUAAUAUCCACCUGGUUUUCUAGUGAAUUGAAUGUUUAAAUAUUCAACUAUAAUUAUUUAGUUGUGGUUAUCAACCACUGAAGUUCGUUGUUCAGCAGUGACCUAGUUGGUAAACCAUACAACUAAGUUGGUUGCAUUUUCUAACUCCGUUUGACCUACUUCAAAUAAGGAGACCAAGUAGUAUAUCUGGCCUUCACACUAAGGAAAUGAGUUUAUUGAUGUUUGAAACAACAGUAAUGACUUGUGUAACACUGAGUUUGAAAACAUUUUUAUCUCUACGGAAUUUUUUCAACUUUGGAAUUACGUUCGUCGUGACCUCUUGAAGCACUAAAUUUUCUGUUAUCAUAAAAUAUAAAUGUUCAUCACCUUAUUUUACAAUAUCUUUAUUCAACUUGGGAUUUGUUAAUAUCAACUUACUUCACUCAUCAUACAUACCGAGAAGCCGUUUUAUAAAUUUGUCACCUUUGUCUUCUCCAAAUAGUCUUAGAUUCUUUUUGCUAAAAUGAGUUGACCAGACUGUUGUGAUUAAUAUUGAUACAGUGCCAUUUGGGAACCAGGGUUUACAUUCAGAAGUGGUGUGACAUAUUGAUUUGCUAUUUCUGUCUAUGACUAUAAAGUGCUAAUACUUGUCGGUACAAAUUACAGGGUUAUUAGUUCUAUGCUUAUGAUAACGUGGCGGGAUUCAUUCAUUUUAAUUGUCUGGGUCAGUUGAUUAGAUCAGUUUAUGCACGUAUUUUUAAAGACUGAGAUCGAUGUUAACCCAAAUGUCGGAUUUUCUACGUACCUAGAACUUUGAUGCCAGGUUUUUAAGUCCACGAACAUGUAUUGUCCAUUUUUGAAAUAUUACAACUUCCAAAACUGUAAAGGCACUUUCUUUCAAUCGCUUGGCACAGUUCUUAUAGUAUUUCAACUGGUUCGAAUUCAGCAUCUGUCACGGGGUAUGGUUUGAUAAGAUACAUUAUUGACUGACUCUUAUAUGAGGCUAAUCACAUAAAAGUUGGUGUCUUGAAUUUUACAGGCGAUCGACCAACUUUAAGUAUUCAGAAUUAUUAAUUUAAUUGCACGGGGAUUGAUGACUGCGAUUGGUUUUCUAAAAUUUGUAUUAUCUUUGGUGCUACUUAAAGCUUAUUCAAGUAGUUAGUAAUGUUAAGUUUAAUUUUUUUAAGUCUUCAGUUUCAUAAUUAACCUUACGCAUGGAAUCGACAACAUCUCACCCUAUUGUCCUAAAUAUCCACUUACUAUGAUGAUGUUUUACUGCUGUGAUUGUUCGUUACUAUUUAAUGUGUACAAAUUGAGUUGUUUAAAAUGAAAUAAUACUUAUUAGGUUCUUUUUACGUCAUACAAACACUAUUCAACCAUUAUAUAUACAUUGUAUAUGCACUGUAAAAUUCACUUAUCAGUUUUAAGAUCAAGUAACACAACGAUCACAGUUUUAUAUGAAGUACUAGGGCUCAUGUUUCGUAAAACAUGUAUUCGUUUGCUUUGGAUUUAAAGAUCACGCAGUAGCAAGGUGGUAAAUCAAAGCUUUAUACGUAGGACCGUAGUUAGAACACGAUUUUUUUUUCACGUACUAUUUUUAAGAAACUUGAUAAAGCAUUAAGCAUGUUUGAUUCUAUCAUUUUUUUAAUAAUUAACGUGACUGUCAGGAUUUAUGAGUGUUUAAUUGUUCCAAAAGUACUUUCGUAGAUGCAAUUUUCUUAGACAUUGAUUAAUAAUAGUAAUAAUUUCAAGGUUGGUUGUGAUCAAAUUAUCAUUCUUUAACACCUCAACUUAUCUUUGAUCAAGGUUAUGCGUGGUUUAGCUUCUUUGGAACAAGCAGAUAACCGCAAUAGUGAUUCUAGAACGCUUGAACGCAACCAAGAACUGACUCGUAAGCUUUGCUUACCUAGCGCGAAACAUGCUCCAGAUUUAGUCAUGGAUCUUCCCAUUUCAACAGAUUCUAAGGUGCAAAAAUGUACACCAUCUCCCAGUUGCACUCAUGAAGAGUCAGCUGACAGUUUUGCUGAACAUUUCGCCGAACAAACUUUGAAUACAAUGCGAAAGCGCCCUGAAACCCAAUCAUCACCACAAUCGUCAGUAACUUCAAGCCAAUGUCCCGCCAGUGACGGUGGUAACUCAAGCUAUGGAGAACUUGGCAAAGUUAUUCUACGGAGUAAAUCUAAUCAUACAGUUCAAUCGGUAGAAGUUCCUAGAAGCUUACCCCGUUUGAAUAGAGCAAGUUCUGAAGAAAAAAAACAUGAAAUACCACGGACUGCCGAUGAACAACCGACUAGUGAACCGAAACUUUCAAUCGCUGCUCGAGUAGCAGCUUUCGAAGCAACUAAAUCUGAUUCAUCUGGUUCUUCCAUAAACUUUGCUCCAAAAUUAGCUCCUAAACCUAAAAGAAGUUAAUUUUGCUGUUGUUUUUACUUAAUUCUUGUUUAAUUGAUUGAUUAUGCUCAGCAUUUAUUACUUGUCAGUUUAUUAUUCGAAGUGAUUUAUACAACAAAUAUGAUAAUAUAAUUGCUUCAAUGACUCUAUAAUCUGAUGAUGAAUUAUCCUUUUUUUAUCCUUUGGAAUAUUGUAUGCCUAAUUAAAAUAUAUAAGUAUAAAUAUAUGUCAAUAACACAGUGCUUCCUUCCUUCUUUAAGAUUUCCAUCAAAGUCUUCAUUAUUCUGCCAGUUUUUCUCUCAAUAAAAUUAUUUCCUUUGAAUUGAUUUUCAUUCUUAAAUUUGGUAAUACCUAACUUUUACAUUGAUGAAAACACAGUGAUUUUAGAAAUAAUGUGUUUUAUACACUUAAUAUUUUUAAUUUUUUUAAAUAAAAAAAAUACGAGUAGACACUACGUAUUCGUUUUGAUCUCUCGAAAUACUUUUAUUUCUAUAAUGUGAAAUUCUUUGCGUAUGGUUGGCGUUUUCUGAUAUCCUUAUUAGUAAUGAUAAUAUUAAUAAUAAUCAAUAAACAGAUCUGUGUGUCAUACGUACUCCUAUAACCAGAUCUUAAUACUCCGUUUCGAAGUGUAAAUGCAUCACUGAUACUUUUUUUUAUUUUAUCGUUUAACCGGAUUUCAAUCUCUUCUUUCUUUACUAUACAUGUUUUUCGUCUUUUCCUCUCACGGAUUGUUUUUUCUUCAUUUAUUCUACUUUUAAGGGUGUACACAUAAUAUUUAUAUAUGUAACACUUGGCUCAAUAUUUAAUUUUAUUGUAAUUUUUUGCAUCUGCGACUUUUUUCGUGCUAACUUUUUUCCCUAUUAUAUUGACCCCUAGUUGUUAGCUUUCAGUGUAAUUUUUAAAGGUUAGUGUGACGCUGGUUAAAUUAGGGGUACUGUCUAGUUCUAUUUGUUGUCAACAAAAGACUACUCCUACCAAUUGUAAACAUUCAUAUGCAUAUACAUGUGAGAUAUUGUAGUGUUAUUACCUAUCCCGGUAUUCCAAUUUUAUUUUGUUUUAGUCUUACGCGCAUGUAUGUACAUUUAAAUAAGAUUACUGAUGUACUUCCUUUAAAACUAAUUCUAUGUUGAGUGUUUUGAGUUGUUAUGCAAAAAUUUUACGGAUAUUGAAUCAGUUGGUUUUAUACU